AUGGCCCGAGCUCUCACGAUCAAUUUCCUGAUUGAGAAUAAAAUUUGGAAUAUUCAUUUCGGGCAGAGCAUCAACCGCAGCUCUCUGUCCCGCGCGGGUAUGGGAGAUGAUGUGAAAGUGCGGCAAGCAGAGACUCGUAUGCCAAUUUUAACGAGGAACGUGCUGGGGUAUCUUGACGACCAGGCGGGUGCGAGACAAAAGAAGACAAACGGGGAAAUGAAGAGGCAGAGAGCUGGAGAAAGGUCAGCGAAAGAAACAAAGGGGCCGCCAAAAAUGCAGAUUUCACAGGACAAGUGA